AUGAUGCGAAUCGUUUUUUUUAUUUUCUCUACAGCUAGAAACUUAGAUACAUUGGCACAAUCGGAUCAUUGGUUUUGUGAUGGAACUUUCAAGUCAACUCCUCCACUAUUUACACAAGUACUUACCAUUCACUCAAUGCAGGAUGGAUCAGUGCUUCCAAUGGUUUAUGUGUUGGUACCAAAUAAACAAAGGUCUACUUAUAAUCGAAUUUUGACACAACUUAUUGAUUUAAAAAGAGAACUGAAACCAGUAUCAGUAAUGACAGAUUACGAAACUGCGUUGUAUUCUGCAUUCCAAUCGGCUUUUCCCGGAGUUCGAAUUCGUGGCUGCUUCUACCACUUUGGCCAAUGCUUUUGGAGAAGAAUUCAGCAAGAACCAGAUAUUCAAGCUAAAUAUCGAGACGAUACUGAUCCAGAUUUUCAAAUACACUUAAAAACCUUAAUAUCUCUCGCUUUUGUUCCAGUACCAGACGUCAUCGAAAAAUUUAUGGAAUUAUUGGAAACUUCUUUCUUCAAGGAUAAUGAAAAUUUGCUAAGUCCAUUAGUGAACUACUUCGAAGACACCUGGAUAGGUCGUCCAAAUCGUCGUGGUACAGAACAAAGUGCUCCUCUUUUUCCUUUGGAUAUGUGGAACCAAUACCAAGGGUCAAGGGACAUUGGAAAAACUUCCAAAAACCAAUAA